CCGCGCUCCACACCUCCCCCUCCCAGAAGGCCGCGGAGAGGCCGCCGAUCCCGAGACUCGAUCCCCGAGCCAGAUCUCGCAGACCAUGGCCGCGUCCUCACCGCUGCGCGACUGCCAGGCGUGGAAGGAUGCCGGGCUCCCGCUCUCCACCACGAGCAAUGAAGCCUGCAAGCUGUUUGAUGCCACCCUGUCCCAGUAUGUAAAAUGGACCAACGACAAGAGUCUCGGUGGCAUUGAGGGCUGCCUGACAAAGCUCAAAGCAGCAGAUCCGACCUUUGCCAUGGGCCACGUCAUCUCCAGUGGCCUCGUGCUCAUUGGCACCGGAAACUCAGUGAGGCUGGACAAAGAGCUGGACCAGGCAGUGAAGACCAUGGUGGAGAUUUCAAAAACCCAGCCACUGACGCCAAGGGAGCAGCUGCAUGUGUCUGCAGUGGAGACGUUUGCCAAGGGGAACUUCUCGAAAGCCUGUGAUCUGUGGGAACAGAUUCUCUGGGACCACCCAACAGACAUGCUGGCCCUGAAGUUUGCCCAUGAUUGCUACUUCUACCUGGGUUACCAAGAACAGAUGCGAGAUUCUGUUGCUCGAAUUUACCCCUUCUGGACACCUGACGUGCCCCUUAGCAGCUAUGUGAAAGGCCUCUAUUCUUUUGGAUUGAUGGAAACCAAGUUCUACGAUCAGGCAGAAAAGCUUGCCAAAGAAGCUCUCUCCAUGGAACCCACGGAUGCAUGGUCUGUGCACACCGUUGCACACGUGCAUGAGAUGAGGGCGGAGGUCAACGAGGGGCUGGAGUUCAUGCAGCGCUCAGAAAGCCAAUGGAAGGACUCCGACAUGCUUGCUUGCCACAAUUACUGGCACUGGGCUUUGUACUUGAUUGAGAAGGGUGAAUAUGAGGCAGCGCUGACCAUCUACGAUGACCAUAUCCUGCCCAGCCUGCAGAGAAGCGGUACCAUGCUGGACGUGGUGGACAGCUGCUCCAUGCUCUUCCGUCUCCAGAUGGAAGGGGUGUCUGUGGGCCAGCGGUGGCAGGACGUCCUGCCUGUGACUCGGCCUCAUAGCCGGGACCACAUCCUGCUGUUCAAUGAUGCCCACUUCCUGAUGGCCUCCCUGGGCUCCCAGGACCACCAGACCACGCAGGACCUGCUGACCAGCCUGCAGAAAGCCAGCGAGUCCCCAGGGGAGAACUGCCAGCACCUUCUGGCCCAAGACGUGGGGCUGCCCCUGUGCCUGGCCCUGGUAGAGUUCAAGGAUGGGAACCCCGACCGCGCCCUGGAGCUGCUCCUGCCCAUCCGCUACCGCAUUAUCCAGAUCGGGGGCAGUGAUGCCCAGAGAGAUGUCUUCAACCAGCUGCUGAUCCACGCAGCCUUGAACUGCACCUCUGGGGCCCACAGGAACGUGGCCCGGAACCUUCUGAUAGAGCGCAGCGCCUUAAAACCCAACUCGCCCCUGACGGAGCGGCUCAUCCGCAAGGCAGCUGCCAUCCACCUCAUGUAGUGACCAGCGGGCCUGGGGCUGCAUGAACCCGGGCAGCCUCCCCUGCAUUAAAUCGGCCACCCUUCUGGGUUAGGGUCAGGAGAUAGCUGAGCCUGCUUGUCUGGCCUGGUGGAGGGUAAGAUUGAGCCCAGAGCACAAAGUGUUCUGAACUCAACAGUUUUAUAGAAAGAGGGAAUGGAAAUUAAUUUUCAAUGUGACUUAGAAUUCUCUUUCACUCUGUGCUAAGGGCCAAUGUGCAUUUUUUGGUGUGUGGUUCUAGGGAUCAGUCUUGGACCUGCUACACAAGUGCUUGAUCGCUCACCUACAUCCCCCAGCACUUUUUAUUUUGAGAUAGGGUCUCAAUAAAUUGCCCAAGCUAGCCUCAAUCUUGCAAUCUCCCUGCCUCACCCUCCCAGGUAGCUGGAGUUAAGGGCAUGUGCCACCACCCCUGGUGCCAAUGUGCUUUUUUCUCUUGUAGUGGGGAUUGAACCCAGGCCCUCCCCCCCCACCCCCCCUUUUCUGAAAUAGUGUCCCACUGAGUUGCUCAGGCUAGGCUCAAAUUUGCUAUCCUCCUGCCUCAGUAUACUGAAUGGCUGGGAUUACAGACAUGCAGCACUGUGCCUGGAGUUGGUCAGAAUCAACAUGGAAGCUAUUUCCACUUGCUUUUAAACUGUAUGUUCCCAUGGGUGCAAUUAUGCUUGUUCCUAGUUGUUCAGGGGUUGGAAGGCAGGACCCACUAGGCCAGCUCACCCUGCACUGGGAUGCCCUCGGGAUAAACCCCUUCAUUUAGUCUUCUUGAUGCGCUCUACAGCUCCUUUUGGCCCACCUUUUCAGGGCAGGUUAGUGGGGCCAUCUGUCCCCCUGGGAAAGGGGUCUCCACCUUGAUGCCUUUAGCUUCAGCCCCAGUUGUGGCCCCAGUACCCUCUUUACCCAUGAGCCAGCCAGGAGCACCUCCUGCUGCCACUCUUAAGGGGCCCCAUCCAGCCUUGAGGGCUCUGGUGGUGCCGAUUUGGGCUUAUUUCUCUUUCUGACCUGCACGUGGUAGUGGACUUUGGGUGCCCUGCUUCUUGGUAAACUUUGAUUCUAAACAUGUGCUCUUGUAGGGUGUAGGGACUGCGCUCAGGGUUGCUCUGUUGUAAAAACCAAAGAUCUGGUACAUGACUCUAACAAGAUUUGAGCCAGACUUUAGGCCGCUUCUGUCUCUUGCUUCUCUGUUGUAGCCUGUCAGCUUUCCUGUGAGAGGAUAUCUGGGUCAUAUAUGGUUUACAAGUUCUUUCAGCUCUUCUGAAGUGAGGCAGGGGCUCCUGGGAGGGGGAGAAAGCCACCAAAGCUAUUAGGUCCCUGUGGACUUGACCUGUGCUCAAACCUGGGCAGGUUCCUGGGAUUUCAAUACAUCAAUUGGUUCCUGACUUUUGUGGGGACCUGUGAGCAUCUUUUGUGUUCCAGGCCUGUGGCUGGGUCCAGGAAGACAGGCUUCUCUUUGAAUUUGAGGUGAGAAAACCAGCCAAGAAAAUGAGAAAUUACAGUUGGAUUUCAAGAGGUGUCAUCUCUACUAGGAGCUAGGGACACAUCCUAAGGGGAAGCCUGGCUAGGAUCUUUUUAACUGUUUCCAAGCUAGAAAUGAUGUGGUCAAGGAACAGGGAACCCUGGUCCCUCCAUGAAGUCUUCCACCCUGCCACGCCAUCCCCUACAGGCUGAUGGGGGCGCCUUCACUGUACCCCACAGCCUUUGGCACCAAAUCUUUGUUAUUUCACCUUUCUCCCCUGCCGUGAUCCCCUAAGGUCAGGGAUGAUGUCUGUGUCCUCAGCGUUCCUAGCGCACGGCUUGUAACUGAGCUGUCAGAGAGUUGGUGAAUGUAUGCUACGAGGGAAAGAAAUGAACAAAAGAGGGACAGGCCAGUGAUAAGAAAAAGAGCUCAGUAGAAGAGAAGAAUGAAGAUACAGGUUUGAGUAGCAGCAAGGUUAUUAAUCAUUGGUGCUGUCUACUGAACACCUACUAUGUGCUGACACAAUAAAAGGAGAGAUGCCUUAGGAGUGGAUGGUGGGGUCUCCCUACCCUACCUGGGUUGCAAGGAUCCAACCCCUGGAAGGUAGGGCAGGAAUGGAACCAAGAGACAGUCUUGGGCCACCCUCCCUCCUACCACAAUGCACCUCCCUCUGGCCAGUGACCCAGGCAAGCCUGCUCCUAGCAGCCCCACGUUUAGUGCAAGUGACACUGAACUGAUCAAGGUCCCUGCCAGGUGUCUGGGAGCUUGGGCCAAACAAAGCCAGGCUGCCUGGAAGUGAGGAAACCCAGAAGUGAACAGGAGACAGCCCAACCUGAUGACCUCUUUUAAGCCCCUCUUUCUAUCUAAGCCAUCCCUGGACUUCCCCAUUCCCUGAGCGGAUAAAGCCUCUGCUUUCUGAGGCCGACUUGAAGGUGGCUUUCUGUUACCCGGAACUCAAAGACUUAGCUGGGAUAUGCUUCUGGGUCGGUCUGUCGCCAUCACUCUUCCCUAGUUAAGAUCCUGAGCAAGCAACUUAGCAAGAUCCUGUCUCAAAAAAAUACAAAAGGAGUGGGAAUGUAGUUCAGUGCAAAGGCCCCGGGUUCAAUCUUCGGUACUACCAAGGAAAAAAAAGAAAAUGAAAAGAUCCUGAUCAAAGGAAGGAAUAUCCCCGGAAUGGAGCUAAGAGGCUCAGGGUGAGAAAGAAAGGUCAUAGUGCAGCGGGAGCCCCCAGAUGCAAAAGUAUCUGGAUGCCAGGACAACCAAAGGUGACAGCAGUCGGUAGCAAGUCCUUCCACAAAGCUUGAUUCCUCACCGCAGGCAACCCUCACAGGCUCAGCCCUUAGCCCGGAGCCCAGGGGUAGACCCUCAGCCCCGCCCUUCAGAAGCUCUCCAGCUUCUGCGGAGGGAAUUAUGGGUUCCGCGACUUCCUGGUGAUUGCGCACCCGUCGUGCAGAGCCAAUCCUCUGCGCAUGAGCUCAGGAUCUUUUCCGGGUGUCCUGACUACAACCCCCAGGGUGCACUGCGCCCGGCGAGCCCAGUUCAAACCCACCAAUCGGCGG